AUGAGCACGGGCAAUGCCGACUCACAGCAGCACACUUUCCGAAGGAACCGAGGAUACGGGUCCUGGUGCACAGAAACUAAGGACUGUUACAUCGAUGACGGGCAUGCGCCGGCAGAUCGCAAGAAAGACUCAGGAUUGGUGUGCGAUCGAUACAAACUCUGUCGAUGCAAAAACGCUCGGCCGUAUUGGAAUGGUACCUCGUGUUCCACAUCCCCUUGCUACAGUGACGGCGACUGCAGUUACGGACACAUAUGCUUUCAAUUCGGACGUACGUGCAUCAAGAAGGCCGACAAGCGGGCAGCCGAGGAAAGCAUCAAUUGGAUUGCCGCGAACAUGGAAUCUCUAUUGAAGAUGCACGGACUGAAUGGAAGCCACGAAAGUCCUACACGAACGCAAACAAGGGCAUCUCGUCGAGAAUUCGAUCUCUACUCAAUAUACUUCGUGUUGGGCUUCGUCGUUGUACUCCUCAUUGUGGUAAUGGCAGCUCGAGUGUACUCAACUCGACCGCGUAACCACGAUCCCGUCACCAUCAACAGCACAUCACGCGCUGCCCGCGAACUUCCAGGAAGGAAUUUUAUACCAGAAUCUCGCCUCCUUGGGAGAGAAGUACGCGAUUCCGACAGCUCAUCAGCAUUCAUAAGGGAAUUGCUCGACGAAUGCCAAAGACAAUUAGUCGACGACCGCGCAGCAGCCGGGGCCAAACGCACAGUAUCUGGUGAACUGCCUUCUUAUGAUGAAGCCACUGCACCACCUACAUAUAACAACGCGGUUCAAGGACUCGACGAAUCGACCAAUUGCGAUGUUCAGCCAGCUCGCCACAAAGACAAUUGAAUGAGGUCCGGGGAGACACCAUAAUGACGCGGAAUAACCAACGAGCUUUUGCUACUGUUCAGAUGAAAUGGCUUUCCUGCGUCAUCAAUUCCGGUUGCUCAGGAAUUUUUCAUCCCACAGGACACAACCAAGAAGAGCCGGUUGAGAUGUAGACGUUUGCGGUAGUUCCGCAUUUGAAUGAAAAACAUCCCGUGUGCGUGGAAUAAGUGACGAUUCGUUGCCAAUAAAAGUUUUCAUACCAACUGA